CCUGACGUCACCAGCGCGCCGUCGUCCCCGUGUUCUACGUUGGUCUUUGCCGCUUACCAGAGACGCCCCGUGUCCCCGGCUCUGCACCAUGUCUAUGCUGGCCGAGCGUCGGCGGAAGCAGAAGUGGGCUGUGGAUCCAAGGAACACAGCAUGGAGUAAUGAUGAGUCCAAGUUUGGUCAGAGGAUGCUAGAGAAGAUGGGGUGGUCUAAAGGAAAGGGUUUAGGGGCUCAGGAGCAAGGUGCGACAGAGCAUAUUAAAGUUCAAGUUAAAAAUAACCAGUUGGGACUUGGAGCUUCCAUCAAUAAUGAAGACAACUGGAUAGCUCAUCAGGAUGACUUUAAUCAGCUUCUGGCUGAACUGAGCACUUGCCAUGGACAAGAAAUAGCAGACUCACUAGACAGCAAAGAAAAGAAAUCUUUCAGCCUUGAAGAGAAGUCCAAAGUCUCAAAAAAACGUGUCCAUUAUAUGAAAUUCACAAAAGGGAAGGAUCUGUCAUCUCGAAGCAAAACAGACCUGGACUGCAUUUUUGGGAAAAGACAGAGUAAGAAGAUUUCUGAGGAUGACUCCAGCCCUGCCACGCCAGAUGAGACAGAAAGCUCCAUCGUCACAACCAGUGCCUUCACCAUCCAGGAAUACUUCGCCAAUCGGAUGGCAGCACUAAAGAACAAGCCACUGGCAGCAGACAUCCAUGUGGAAAGGAAAAAAGCAAAGAAAAGAAAGGAAGUCAAAGAUAAAAAUUCAGAGAACUACUCCCAGCCCCAGGCCAGGAAGAAGAAAGACCUUCAGCAACCUGAAGACCCUUGUGGAGAUGAGAAUGCUGAAGCUGCUGAGGACAGAGAGGACUGUGUGUCUGAGGACCAGGACUUUCCCCCACAGCCCAAGAAAAAGAGAGAAAAGAAAAAAACCCAAGAGCAAGUGCAGGCAGUGGAGGAGGUGCCACUACAGGAAACAACAACGAAGAAAAAGAAGAAAAAGAAGAAAGGUUCCAAGUGAAUUCUCUCUCGAGCCCGGUUCUUCUGAUCCGCAGGCUAUUGGGAAUUGCCUUGGGGACCACCCGUGGCCUAGAGAGUUACUCCUCUGACAUGUUGUUGGGUGACUGAAUCCAACAUCCUCUUACAUUGCCUUCCCAGAAGGACUUUCUAGUGCUCCAAAUCAUGGCUCUCAUGAACAAAUAAAUUUCUUUCUGACCUCA